CUCUCAAAAAGUUCCCAUCUCUAUCAAACGACUUGCUAAAGAACUUCUCUUUCUUUCUCAUUUUAUCACACACUUGGGUUGUCUUCUGUUUUUACUCACCUGAAGAAAAAAUAUAUGGAGAACGGAGAAUCUAACCAAGAAAAUCUCAAAUCUCUCAACCACGACGAAUCAUCUAAGAAGCCCUCUGCUUCCUCCGUCGUUGUGGAUAGGUUAAAGCGUGAUGAAUGGAGCGAAGGAGCUGUUUCAAGUUUACUUGAAGCCUACGAGUCAAAAUGGGUUCUCAGGAACAGAGCCAAGCUCAAGGGUCAAGACUGGGAAGACGUGGCUAGACACGUGUCCUCGCGCGCCACUCAAACCAAGUCUCCGAAGACUCAAACACAGUGCAAGAACAAGAUCGAGUCCAUGAAGAAACGGUACCGUUCUGAGUCCGCUACUGCUGAUGGCUCCUCUUGGCCUCUUUACCCUCGUCUUCAUCAUCUCCUUCGUGGAACUCAACCUCAACCUCAGCCUCAGGCUGUUCUGCCUCUGAAUUGCUCUGUUCCUCUGCUUUUACUCGAGCCGCCGUCGCCUGCGGUGGCUCAUCCACCGCAGAUUUCUUACGGAUCCAACGGCGUCGGCAAGAUUCCUAAGGAAGAUGGAUUCAAGCCGGAGCAGAAACCGGAAAAAGCGACGGAGAUGGAUACAGACAGUAGUACGCCGGUGGUUAAAACGAAGGUGAGAGGGAAGAAAGUGAAGAGAAGAUAUAAAGAAGAGAAGGAAGAGAUCGCCGGGAGUAUACGGUGGUUAGCGGAGGUGGUGAUGAGAUCUGAGAGAGCAAGAAUGGAGACGAUGAAAGAGAUAGAGAGAAUGAGAGCUGAAGCUGAAGCUAAGAGAGGAGAAAUGGAUUUGAAACGAACGGAAAUAAUGGCGAAUACUCAGCUAGAGAUUGCUAGACUCUUUGCAGUUGCAGCUUCGUCUGGACAGAACAAAGGUGUUGAUUCUUCAUUAAGGAUCGGAAGAAAUUGAGUUCUGUUUUUUUUUUAUGGGAGACUCAAAAUGUUGUGUGUACAUACCAAGUGUUUUGUCAAAUCUUCUCAGAGAGAGACCAAUAAUUGUUUCCUGGGAUA